UUAAUACUAAUCGGAAGUUGCCAAGAUGUGAGAGAGGCAUAUAUUUUAAAUUUUAAAUUUCAAAUUUCCAUUUUAGAAAAAGAAAAUUAUUAAAUUCGGAUUUUAGUAAAUAUUAAAUAAAAUUAAUUUCAUAUUUCUUUUUAAUUAUAAUGUAGAAAGAGGGUUAUGGAGAAAAUCAUGAGAGGAGAGAGAAAGAGAAUCAUUAAUUAUAUUAAUUUUAAUUAUAUUUGCAUAACCCUAUUUACCCUUAACUACCUAUUAACUACUAAACCCAUUAACUACCUAAUCCACUAUCAACAAAUAGGAAGACUUUAAGAUUUUCUUUAAAAAAUGAGUCUUAAAUACUUGAACUCAAGCCCUUCAAUCGGUAGAAAGCAAGACGGAGUAAACGCAGACGAAUUUACCCUCGUUGUUGAUUCUUUGGUGAGGUUAGGGUAAAGCCAAACAAUGUCCUCGGACUCGGACUCGGCGGUAGAGUCGCCGGCGCACAAGAAGCCGCGGCGGAGGUGGUGGGAUAGUGGAAUUGUUUCUGGUUCCAGAAAGAAGGUGACCGUCGCUCUGAUGGGUCGAAAAAACAAGACGGCGGCCUCCUAUGACAACAACGACACUAUCCGCACCGCCACCGUCGUCGCCCCCAACUGCGAUUUUCGCGGUAAAUUCUCGACUAUGGGUCUCGCAGUCGUGGAUUCGAAAUUAUAUGCUUUUGGUGGUCGUCAGAUAAAUACCUCUCCUUCUGGCAAUGACGAUUCUGAUGAUGAUGGCUUCUCGUACUGGAAAUAUCCGCGAGAUGUAUUCGUCUGCGAUCUUGGAACGGACCCCGACAUCCAACAACAACCACUCAAGUUUCAGCAAUACCCAGCUCUGCUGAAGGGACCCAAGGUCGAGCCGAUCCACGUUCCUUACAAUGACAAGAUUUUCAUCUUGUCGAGGGUUUACGACCCCAUGUCGUUCAACGACCUCUAUGCUCCUUGUGAGGUUUUGGACCUCAAGGAUAUGUCCACGCAAAUCGUUGAUCUGCCAUUGGAUAUGUGGGAUCCCAAUUUGAUCCAAUGGUACAAUGGGCUUCCAGAUUACCUGGGUCAUGUAGUUGUAGGGAGGGAAUUGAUUGUUUAUAUGCACACUUUUGUUGGCUCCUCUGUGUUUGCUCUUGACAUGGAAGAGCUAAAGUGGCGUCCAAUCAUGACUGAACAUGCUGAUCAUGAUGACAUCUCACCUAUGAUCCCCAACAUGAUGCUGAUGAUGUACCCAUGGGAUCGGCUUCCUGAGGCGCACUGUUCGAAUCUUGUUCACAAUGGUCGGUUGUUUAUGGUGAGCAUGCCGGAUCAUCGCCCCUUCCAAGUCAUCCGUGUUAAGUACGUGUCGAAUCCUUCGGCGAGUUAUGAUCAUCUGCUGCUGCAGCAGGAGCAACACAAGAUUAGGGAUAUGCGUUAUCUUUCUGAUUAUGCUCUUGGUCUUGUACCGGAUGAUUGUAAAUUUGGGGACGCAAGGGUGGUUCCUUUUGGAGAUGGUGAUGUCUACUGUCUUUUUCUUUGGUGGGGACUUACUACGUACGAACUGCGGAGCCAGUUCAAGGUUUGCAAGUUUAGAUUGGUUGGCGAAGAUGGUGGUUGUGAAAUCUUAGGCACGGUGGAGGAUUUCAGUGCUUUUUCACAUGAUUUUGAUUCCUCUCGUGUCACGGCCUUCACUCACACCAGCUAUAUAGAGAUGGGUGUUUAUUGAAGGAGCUGGAUUGCUCAGCCAUGUGAAAUCGUUGCAUCGGAUUCUCUCUAUAGUGGUAAGUUUUUUUGUUCCAAGUACCAGUUUCUAUCCUUCUUCCUUCCUAGUAUUUGACACUCUGGAUGUUUCCAUGUGGAUACUAUGGUUGUUUAACUUUCCAUGUGGCAUACCACUGGCAUGACAACCAUGCAAGAAGGGCAAAUCCACGAUCGGGGAUCACGGACGUCAACCGGGGAUCUAGUCCAGAAGACCCCCCCGGCCAUGAGCGUUGAGUUCCCCCACCGGCGAUCCUAAGAUGGCUGAUUUUGGAUCGGUACCUAACGAGUUCAAGUUACCUUUUCGGUUUAGGAUUUCGUUCCUUUUCUGUGUGUUUGGUUAUUUUAUUUGCCCAACACUAUAUGAAGGGGUUGUAAACACGAGUUUUAAUUAGUUUUUGAACUCUAUUGAUUUACUCAUGUUCUUUGAGUUUUAGACUUGAGAAUUUUCUGCUUUGUAUCAAUCAAGUUUUCCCCUUAAUUGUGGACAUACUUCUGUCCUUUUAUAUUGUUAGAGCCUUCUCCCAUUUUGUGUUGAGAUUGCACUUUCAAUUCCAUCAUAUCACAACAAAAACACUAAAAAUAAUAUUUCUUGCUCAUUCUUGAAACUACGUGACGUUGAUAGCUACUGGUAUCGGUUUUGUGCUCGUAUCAGGUGGUAUCAGAGUCACAGUUCAAUACAGUGGUUAUAAUAGG